AGGUCAGCGCCCGGAGCCCAGGGGCCCGGGAUCCGGAAGCGCCCGGAGCGGGCAGCAGGAGCGGGGAGCGCCCGGGAUCCGGAAGCGCCCGGAGCGGGGAGCAGGAGCAGGAGCAGGAGCGGGGAACAGGAGCGGGCCAGAUUCUCAGGAAGGAUGACUGUAGGAAUCUUUGCAAAUUGUACCUUCUGUUUGAAAGUCAAGCACUUACCUCGUCAACAGAAGAAAAAGCUACAAACUGACAUUAAGGAAAAUGGUGGAAAAUUUUCCUUUUUAUUAAAUCCUCAGUGCACACAUAUAAUCUUAGACAGUGCUGAUGUUCUGAGCCAGUAUCAACUGAACUCUCUCCAAAAGAACCACAUCCAUAUUGCAAACCCAGAGUUUAUAUGGGAAUCUGUCAAAGAAAGGACGCUCUUGGAUGUAAAGAAUUAUGAUCCUAAUAAGUCAGUGGGCCUCACACCACCUCCCUGUCAAAAGGCAAGCAGUCUUGGAGUGAAAGCAGAUGAUCUAUCCCUGGACAAUUCCACAGAGAAGGAGAACGUUGUGGAAGUCACUAAGUUUUAUACAGACAAUGUUGAAAUUCUUGAUUUUCCUCAAGAUUUUGAAGUUGCAAAAUAUAACUCCUUGGAAAAACCUGGGACGGAGGGAGCUCAGGAAUUGGCCGUGGUGGAGCUGCAGUGCUCCCAGGACCCCGGGGACCGUGCUUUUCUCAUAUCUGCACACUUCCUCAUGGCUGAUGGCACGGAGACCAGAAGACAGUUAUCUGUAAAGAAAACCUCUGCAGAGGCAAGUGAAUACUAUGAAAAUUUCAUUGAAGAGCUGAAGAAACAAGGAUUUCUACUAAGAGAACAUUUUACACCCGAAGCAACCCAAUUAGCAUCUGAAAAAUUGCAAGCAUUGCUGUUGGAGGAGGUAAUAAAUUCCAGCACUCUGAGCCAAGAGGUGAGCCAUCUGGUGGAGAUGAUUUGGGCAGAAGCUCUCGGCCACCUGGAGCACACACUCCUCCAGCCUGUGAACAGGAUUAGUCUUAAUGAUGUGAGCAAGGCAGAGGGAAUUCUCCUUCUCGUAAAGACGGCACUGGAAAAUGGAGAAACAGAAGAACAAUUGCAAAAGAUGAUGACGGAAUUCUACAGAUUAGUACCUCACAAAGGUGCAACAGCUGAACAAAUUACCCUGAGACUGUUAGCGAAGAAAGAGGACCUCUGCCAGCUAAUAAGAGACAUGGUUAAUGUCUGUGAAACGAAUCUGGCCAAACCCAACCCACCAUCUCUUGCCAAAUAUCGAGCUUUGAGAUGCAAAAUUGAGCAUGUUGAAGAGAACACUGAAGAAUUUUUCAGAGUUAGAAAAGAGUUAUUGCAGGAUAAUUGCGGUAGAAGUCCAGUGAACAUCUUGCAGAUAUUUCGAGUUGGCAAAGUGAAUGAAACCACGGAGUUUUUGAGUCGGCUUGGCACUGUGAAGCGCUUGCUGCAUGGGUCGCCUGUGCGAAGCUUUGUAGGAAUCCUGUCCCGUGGGUUGCUCUUACCCAAAGUCGUUGAAGCCCGUGGCGUGAAAAGAACAGACAUUGGAAAUCUCGGGAGUGGAAUCUAUUUCAGCAAUGCACUCAGUACAAGUACUAAGUAUUCCCACCCAGGAGAGACAGAUGGCACCAGACUCUUGGUCAUCUGUGAAGUAGCCCUUGGAAAGUGCAUGGACUUACACAAGAAGGACUUCUCCUUAGUGGAAGCACCACCGGGUUAUGACAGUGUCCACGGGGUUCCAGGAACAGCCACUGUUCCCACGGACUUCGAGGAUGAUGAAUUUGUUGUGUAUAAAACUAAUCAGGUUAAAAUGAAAUAUAUUGUUAAAUUUUGCAUAGCUGGAGAUGAAAUAAAGGACUUUCAUCCUUGUGAUAGUACUGAAUUAGAGGAACAGAGACCUGAGUUUUCAAAUUUCUCAAAGGUUGAAGAUUACCAGCUACCAGACAGCAAACCUUUCAGCAACAUCAAGUCCGGCCUUCAGGAUGCCUCUGGGAAUUCAGUUCCUCUUGAAGAUGUUCACAUCAAGGGGAAAAUUAUAGACUUUGUAGCCCAGGUCAUUGUUUUCCAGACAUACACAAAUCAAAAUCCUGUGCCCAUUGAGGCAAAAUACGUUUUUCCUUUGGAUGAUAAGGCGGCUGUGUGUGGUUUUGAAGCAUUCAUCAAUGGGAAACACAUAGUAGGAGAGGUUGAGGAGAAGGAAAAAGCCCACCGAGAAUACCGAACCGCGAUCAGUCAAGGCCACGGCGCUUACUUGAUGGAUCAGGAUGCACCCGACGUUUUUACUGUAAGUGUUGGCAACUUACCCCCUAAGGCUAAGAUCCUUAUCAAAAUUACCUACAUCACGGAACUCAGCAUCCAAGGCACCACCGCAGUCUUCUUCAUGCCUGCCACCGUAGCUCCCUGGCGACAGGACAAAGCUUUGAAUGAAAACAUUCAGGAUACAGUAGAGAAGAUUUGUAUAAAGGAAAUAGGAGCACAGCAAAGUUUCUCUUUGAGUAUGUCUAUUGAGAUGCCGUACGUGAUUGAAUUCAUUUCCAGUGAUACACAUGAACUGAGACAAAAGAGUACAGACUGCAAAGCUGUAAUUAGCACCGUGGAAGGUAGCUCCUUAGACAGCAGUGGAUUUUCUCUCCACAUCGGUUUGUCUGAUGCAUAUCUCCCAAGAAUGUGGGUUGAAAAACAUCCAGAAAAAGAAAGUGAGGCCUGCAUGCUUGUUUUUCAACCAGAUCUUGAUAUCGCCCUCCCUGACCUCGCCGAGAAGAGUGAAGUGGUUAUUUGUCUCGAUUGCUCCAAUUCGAUGGAGAGUGUGCCAUUUUUGCAGGCCAAGCAAAUUGCCUUAUAUGCACUGUCCUUGGUGGGUAAGAAGCAGAAGAUAAACAUCGUCAAGUUUGGCACAGGUUAUCAGGAGUUAUUUUCAUAUCCCAAGCACGUCACAAGCAACAGUAUGCCAGCAGAGUUCAUUAUGUCUGCUUCACCUACCAUGGGAAAUACAGACUUCUGGAAGACACUCCGAUAUUUAAAUUUACUGUACCCUUCUCAAGGCUUACGGAACAUUCUCCUGAUAUCUGAUGGGCACCUCCAGAAUGAGAGCCUGACAUUGCAGCUUGUGAGAAGAAACGUCCAGCACACCAGGCUCUUCUCCUGUGGUGUUGGUUCUACAGCGAAUCAUCAUAUCUUAAGGAUUUUGUCCCAGUGUGGUGCUGGAGUAUUUGAAUAUUUAAACUCAAAAUCCAAACAUAGUUGGAAAAAACAGAUAGAAGAUCAAAUGACUAGGUUAUGUUCUCCAAGUUGCCACUCUGUCUCUGUCAAAUGGCAGCAGCUGAGUCCCGACGCGCCUGAGCCCCUGCAGGCCCCGGCCCAGGUGCAGUCCUUGUUCCACAACGACCGGCUGCUCGUCUACGGGUUCAUCCCUCACUGUACACAGGCAACUCUAUAUGCAUUAAUUCAAGAGAAAGAAUUUUCUACAAUGGUAUCAACUACUGAACUUCAGAAGACAACUGGAACUAUGAUUCACAAGCUGACAGCACGAGCUCUGAUCAGAGAUUAUGAAGAUGGCAUUCUCCACGAAAAUGAAAGGAAUCACGAGAUGAAGAAGCAAGUCUUAAAAUCUCUGAUUAUUAAACUCAGUAAAGAAAAUUGUCUCCUAACACAAUUUACAAGCUUUGUGGCAGUUGAGAAAAGGGAUGAUAAUGAAGCACCUUUUCCUAAUAUUCCAAAUAUCUUGGAACUUAUUGCCAAAGAAGAUGUAGAUUUUCUCCCAUACAUGAGCUGGCAGGAGGAGCAACCAGAUGCCAGCAUAACACAGCAGCCUCUUUCAGCAUUCUCUGAAUGGAUCGAAGAAUUCCAACAUAAACAUUUGACUAAAAGAAAACUUAAAUCAUCUGAGCUGGAAGUUUUUGAAGAUUGUGAAGAGGUUUGCUUAGAUUCCCCACUACCGGAAAAACCUUUAUCACUCUUCAAAUGUGGAGGUGUGGAAAAGCCAUUGGAUUUAAGUCAGAUGGAUUCAUUUAAACAAACAAGAAUUAAAUCAACGUCUACAAAAAGCGUUUCACAAAAAAUGGCUGUUUCCAGCAGUUUUGCUGCCCCUCCCCCAAUCUGUUUGCCACGUGCUGCACCUGUUCAUUUUACUUCCCUCUGUCCUCCCACCUUACCUCCUCAGAACUCUCUCUCUGAUUCUCUUGCUAGUCCCAAACAGCUUGGUCCAUCUCCGAAUGACCAAGGCCUUGAGACUCGCACUUGCACUGACGUUUCCUUUGAGUCGCGUCCUCUUCCUAGACUGUCUUCCCAGAACCUAACUUUUGGAUCCCUUGCUGGUUCUGCUUUUUCAGGUGCCUUGUUUAGCUCCAAACAGUUUGAUCUACCUAAAACUGAUCCAAGGCACCAGAUCCGCCGUCGUGCUAGCAUUUCCCUUGAGUUGGACCCUCCCCUGCAGCAGAGUCCUUUUUCCUCUUCUCCUAUAUUAAUCUUUCACGAUCUUUCUGAUUCCUCUCCUAUUCAUUUACAAAAUACCCCUGCUCCUUUGAGCGCCAGUUCCAAGCUUCCAAGAGGUCUAUUUGACCUUGCUCACAAUGAAUUGGGGGCUUCUCCGUCAAAUGUUUCUGCCAGAGCUGCACCAUCAGAUUCUCUGCAACGUGAAUCUUGGCCUACUUCAAGUCAUGAAAGUUCUUUUGAAACAGAAAGUGAUGAAACCUCGGGAGUUCUGGCGAGUAGGUUUUUAAAAAAGAUGGCAAAAUCUAAAAUAAACAGAAGUGACUUUCCUGCAGUGUUUCUGGCACAAGAAAACAAGGCCAAAAUAUUCAGCAGACGAAGCCAGAGGAGUUUUGUGCCCUGGAAUGAACUCUUCAGUCUGCAAACUGAGGAUGGCUUCUGGAAACUUACGCCAGAACUGGGAUUUAUAUUAAACCUGAAUACAAAUAUUUUAAACAGCUUUCUUGAACAAAAAGGCAUUCGCUCUCUAGGUACAAAAGGAAGAGAACGUCUUCUGGACUUGAUUGCCACGUUUUUGGUACUACAGUUUCUUCGCACCAAGUUGGAUCAAGAGGGAAUAGUCUUCAAAUCACUGAUGAAAUUGGAUGACGCUUCCAUUUCCAGGAAUAUUCCCUGGGCUUCUGAGAAAAUAAAGAAAGCAAGUGAAUGGCUAAGAAGAACUGAAGGACAAUAUCCAUCUAUCUGCCAACGGCUGGAAUUGGGUAAAGACUGGGACUCUGCCACGAAGCAGCUACUGGGAAUCCAGCCCAUGAACACCACUUCUCCUCUCCAUGGAGUUCUUCAUUACAGUAAAGACUGAAUCAAAUGAACUUGUAUUUUAUACUUUUUUCAUGCUUCCAUUUAUAAAAUGAUCAGAUAUUAAUAGAUACCUAUAAUGAAAUUUACUUAUGAUUGUAUUCAUUGUAGCAGUCAAUGACUUUAAAAUAAAUGGAAGCAGAAUUGUUAUUUUAAUGAACAAGUAAUAAUAAAAAUUACAAUAUUACAGA